GGGCCAAAAAUUGAGCCCAACUCCGGCGGGUCUCUCAAUUCUCGGCCUGCAAAUUAGCGGGUCCUAUCUGUCAGGCAAACAAACCAUCCGCUUGCUCUUCUCCAGGUCGUUCAACGCCGCCGCACUGUCGGACCUCUGUCGCAGCAAGUCCUUCUCCUGCGGGUGAGGGGGCGACGCACUGCCGCCGUCGUCUCUGUGAGCGGGCGGCCAGAUUCCGUUCCGUCUCCGUGAGCGGGCGUCCGCCGGGAGCUUGAUGCGCAGGGGCGGCGGCUCUGCCCCGUCGUUUGAUGGGCAACGCAUGCGGCGGCACCCUUAGAUCCAAGCAUCUGCACAGCUUCAAGUGCGCCGCGUCGCAGCGCCAGGACUCCGAGUACAGCGCCGCGGCAGCCGCCGACUCGCCGAAGAAGCCCGCCUCCCGCGCGCCCAUGCCGCCCGCCGCCGCCACCACCACGGACGCCCACGCGGGCCACGCGUCGGUGUCGCCCACCGCCGGGAUGAGGAUCGACGGGGCGGGCGCGCCGCCAGACCUCGGCUCCGUGCUCGGCCACCCCACGCCCAACCUCUGCGACCUCUACGCGCAGGGCCGCAAGCUCGGGCAGGGGCAGUUCGGCACCACCUACCUCUGCACCGAGCUCGCCACGGGGUCGACUACUCGCCGCUGCCUCGCCGGACCUCCGGUCGAUUCCGGCCGCCUAGAGUGCUCGAAACUCAUCCGUCUUACGCUUCAUGGUGGCUGAGGGAAUAUGAUAGCGGCGGAAUUCCUUCACAAACUCCUUUCAAGUGAUAGUGGAGGCGUCUUCGGCAGCGGCACAGUAGUUCUCCCACCAGGCUAAGGCAGUCCCAGUGAGUUGGUGGGCUGCCAGAAGGACUUUGUCUCGAUCCUGGCAUUCGAACAGCUCGAGCUUCCUCUGAAUUACCCGUAGCCAGUCAUUUGCAUCCAAGGGGUUGCUGGAUUCGGCAAAGGUGGGCGGCUUGGUUCUUAGAAAUGCUGUCAGCUUGUCAUUCAUGCUUUGCUCUCGUGGCCGCUUGAUGAGGGUAUUGGCCAGUGUUUCCAGUAUGAGGGUCUGGUUGUGUAUUAUCUAUGUCAGGUCUCCGAGGGGUGGUGGUGGUGGGAGUGGCACUUCUCGAUUUUCUCCUCUGUUCUGGCUCACUUCCUAUUCUUCCUGAGGAGGGUUCUGCCCAUCAGGCUGUACUCCUGCAUCAGCGGCUGUAGGGGUCCGGUUGCGGGAGGCCCUCGUACCGCUUCGGGAAGCCAUCUGUGGAUUGGGUAGGGUCUUUGUGAGAUUGGGAUUAAGAUUACGUGAUGUUUAAGUUGUUUAAUUCGUAUCUUUGAAAAUGCAGAAUCUUCCUUCUGCCGGAAGCACACAACUAACAACAAGCACACAAACAAGCAAACAGUAAGCACAAACGACUUUAUUACUGCAAAGGAGGGUACAACACGAGGACAAGACUAAAAUGCGUACUACACGUCCGGGUACAGGGUCACACUUAAGGCUACAACUUAAGCCAAAGGGGCUGGGAGGGUACAACACUAGGAUGUCAUCGGACAUUCUACUCGCGGGGCGAGCCUUCUUCUGGGGCGGAGUGUGCGAAUGGUCCUUGCUCGCCGUCCUCUAGGUUUCCAUUUGCCAAGGGUUGCGUAGCAGCUUUUUCUUCAUCGGCGGUAGUAGGGCUUUCAGGGUUCUCGGGUGGGGCUUGUGGGGUUAUCACGAGUGGUCCCCAUCCUAUGACGGGCGUCCCGAGUAGAAUAUGAUCUUCCCCAAUUGCCGGAACUGGUGUUUCACUUCUGGCCCAUUCUUGCAUACGCCGGUCUCGGGCUUGCCUGAGGCUCUCCUGAGCAACUGCUUCACUGCUGACCGCGGCUGCGGCUCUUGCCUCGGCUUGGGCUGCCCGGAUCUGCUGCAGUCUUACCGCGAGCUCUGCUUGCUCGGCUCGAUGGGUCUGCUCUCUCAGAAUGUUGGCUUGCUCAUCAAAGAGCUGAUCCAAAGAGGAUAGGUAGGUAACCACUUGAUACAGGGGGUCUUCUUCAUGGCGGCGCCGUUCUAGACUUCUCAUGCGAGCUUCCCAAGCUAGGGUUCUGAUGGCUGGAGGGAAGAAUCUCAUUGGUGUGGGGGCGAGAUGUCUUUCGAAAAUCCGGCACAGAUAACGGAGUGCCUUCCUGACGGCCAAGGGAUAGGUGUCUUGGUGCCUAAACCCUGUGGCGGUCACUCGCCAUGGCUGGAUGUCGGGGUAGCGGUCACUUCUGCCGAUGACCAGGAUCACCCUGCAGCGGAGGGUACCAUGAUGCUCAUACUCUCUGCUGUAGUACCUUGGGCAUUUCGUAACGCCAAGGCUUUCCAAGGCAUUGGUCCUUUCGAAAAUCCGGCACAGAUAACGGAGCGCCUUCCUGACGGCCAAGGGAUUAGUGUCUUGGCGCCUAAACCUUGUGGCGGUCACUCGCCAUGGCUGGAUGUCGGGGUAGCGGUCACUUCUGGCGAUGACCAGGAUCACCCUGUAGCGGAGGGUACCAUGAUGCUCGUACUCUCUGCUAUAGUACCUUGAGCGUUCCGUAACGCCAAGACUUUCCAGGGCAUUGGUCAAGAGGCUGGGGAAACCAGGUGCUUCUUGGCAAAGGCCCUGGGUCCAUCCUUCCUCCGCCAUCUGAAAAACAAAGAUUAGGUGAACAAGUUUUGCAUAAAAAUGGUUUGUGAGGUUAAACAGGGUUGGAGCUAAUGGGAAAGGCUUGGAAAAGGGGUCUCGCUCCUAGGGUCACGUCCUACGGCCAACCUAUGGCUCUGAUACCACCUGAGGCGUCCUCUCAUGAGAGAAGACUUAAAAGUGAUACAAUAUCAGUCCCAGGAGACUGAUAACACUUUUA